AUGACAGAUACAAAUGACGAAUUUUUAGUUGAAGAUGAUGAAAUAUUAGCUUCUAUAUUAGAAGAAAGUUUAAGACAUUACAAUGAAGUGGAAGUACCGUUACGGUCUAUUGCUGAGAAUGAAGUGUCUCCUGCGAAGUCUAUUAUUAAAGAUGAACUACCAUCAGUACAGUACAAAGCACCACAACAGUCUAAUUGCUCAAAUUCUUUACCUAAAUUAAGCAGGGUUGCACCACCAGUAGUAAUAGACUUGUGCCAAUCACCCAAGAAAUGUACAACUGUCCAAAGUAGAUUAUCACAUUUUUUUACAAAAACUAAAAGUGAUAAAAUAUCUGAUAAGGAAGAAACUAAUAGUAAACUAGAAAAUCAAACGGACAAAUUAUGUAUUGAAAUAAAUUCAUCACCAGUACUGAAUAAUAAUGUCAGCAUUAGCAGUUCACCGGCGAUUUUCUAUAAAGAACCGGAUGCAAAUGGGUUUCAUUUAUCGUCUGGUUCACAUUAUGUGUACCCCUCAAAUUUCCCAGUCAGAGAAUAUCAAAUGGGAAUCAUCAAAACAGCUUUAUUUCAUAAUACUCUCGUCAGCUUGCCUACAGGCAUGGGGAAAACAUUCAUAGCUGCUGUGGUCAUGUACAACUUUUACCGAUGGUAUCCAAUGGGUAAAAUAAUAUUUAUGGCACCGACAAGACCAUUAGUUGCCCAACAAAUAGAAGCGUGUCACUCGAUAAUGGGUAUCCCUAGGGAAAUGACAUUUGAAAUGACUGGUAAUAUCCCCCCGGAACAAAGAUAUUUAGCCUGGAAUAAAUACAGAGUCUUUUUUCUUACACCUCAAGUUCUGGCUAAUGAUUUGAGCCUUAAUAAAUGUCCAUCAGAUACAUUUAGAUGUAUUAUUGUAGACGAAGCACAUCGAGCUACCAAAGAUUAUGCUUAUGUUCAGGUCUUAAAGCGUUUGGCAGAAGAAAACCGAGUAAUUAGAAUUGUUGGAUUAUCAGCUACUCCUGGAACUAAUGUAGAAGCGGUCAAUGAGGUCAUACAAAAUCUAAGCAUAUCAAAGCUAGAGUUCAGAACUGAUGAAUCUCCUGAUGUGGCAAGAUAUACAAAUAAAAAGGAUGUUGAAUGCAUAUCAGUGAAACUUACAAAUACUAUUUUGGAUAUACGCACUCAAUUUUUAAUGAUUUACGAUAAAUACUUAAAACGUUUAAAACAGUACCAUGCCCUCAAUGGAAACGUUGCUAAUCUAACAAAAUUUCAAAUAUUCACUGCCAAACAAAAAUUUUUAACCAGUAAUAAUGCUCGUGAUAUGCCAAAAUCUCUUAUUGGAUGUUUAAUAAAUGAUUUCACUAUAUGCAUGUCGCUGGCAUAUGCUUUAGAGUUGUUGACAAUUUAUGGUGUCAAAGUAUUUUAUUUACAAUCUUUAGAAAUGAAGGAAACUCAUAAAUGUUUAUCAAAUGAUGCUGAUUUUCGAAAUCUCUUGCAUGGUAUUAACAAAGAAUUAAAUUCUCAGGACUUGACUUGGAGUCACCCCAAACUAUUUGAAUUGAAAAAAAUUGUUCAAAACUAUUUUGGCUACAAAAAUGUAGAAGCAAGUAGCAAGAUAAUAAUAUUCUGUCAGUAUCGAUUGGUUGUAGUAGAAGUAUUUGAACUUUUAAAGACAUUUGGUUCAUCUGUGAAACCGGUCAUGUUUGUUGGGCAAUCUGUUAAGGAAAAAGGUGGUCUGCGGCAAAAAGAACAAUUGGAGGUAAUGAGUCGGUUUAAAAGUGGAGAUUUCAAUGUAUUAAUUGCUACAAGUGUAGCUGAAGAAGGUCUGGAUAUUGGAGAUGUUGAUCUGAUCAUAUGUUUGGAAGCCAAUAAAUCUCCAAUAAAAUUUGUACAACGACUGGGCCGAACUGGACGUAAACGUUCAGGGAAAUGUAUUACUUUACUGACUGAAGGAAAAGAACAAAUUAAAUACAAUUCCAGCGUUUCUUCGAGUAAAACACUUGUAAUCAAAAUGUUGAAAAAUAAAGCAAUACUUUCCAAGUUGGCUCCUGAAGGACCAAGGUUGGUGCCAAAACAUAUCCAUCCACAAUGUUUAAUGAUUCAUGUAAAAGAACCAGAAGAGCUUUUUCCGGAAAAGAAAAAACUUAAAGGCAAGAGAAAAGCAGUUGAAAAUAUUAUGCGAUAUGUAGAACCUAUUGAUGGCCAAAACGAAGUAGACGAAGACAGAGAAGACGGACUCGAUGUUUUCCAAAAUAAUAUAGAUAAACCGAAAAGAAGAUCUAAAAAACGAAAAACCGUCAAAUUGCAUACAAACGAUAAUGGCUGUACAGAAAUCGAAUCGUCCGAACAAAAAAAUACUGACAUAGAUUGCGAACAUCAUUUGAAUGAUUACUAUUAUGAAGCAUCUGAAAUCAACGUGCAAGGUGUAACCGAUAGGACUUUGGACCACUUUGUCGACGAGGAAAAAGUGUUUAACGAAUGGCUUAAGUCGUGCAUGCAGACCAAUACCAUAGUGUUAAACAGCUCGUUUUUGGAACUGUUAAAUUUUUUUACUGAUCGUGGACAAUGUGAUAUUGAACUUUUCAACGACAAACCGACAGACGACAUGUUUACAGGGCAGACUCGCGUUGGAAAAAUAUUUGAAGGUCCGUCGGUCAGUGGAGAGCACACGGUCCGCUCAAACGAUCAGCCAAUGAGAAAUACCGAUCAUUUGUCCCGAUUAUGUGAUGAUGUACGACCAGGUGGCUACACAGGUUAUUCACAAGUGGCCAGCACAUCCGCAGCUCGUGAAAUCAACGACUACAAGGAAAAUACAGACCCUGAGGACAUGUUUGACGGACGCACUACUGACCACUCGACUUUCAUUCGACCGAUCGGUAUAAGAACGUCGGAAAUUUUUGAUCGUAGCCACGAGACGAAACCCGACCAAAACAGCCGUACGGGAAAAUUAAAUUUCAACGAUCUGUUCAAAAGCCAACUGGCUGACGGGUACAUAGAUGAUUUCAUUGUUGGGAAUACGAGUCUUCCAGUACGCCCGCUCUCUGUAGACGUAGACGACGACAAUUCUCCAGCAAAUAUCGCUACCGGAGUCGUCGUAUGUGACGACGACCAAGAUGAAGAUGAUGAAGAUAUGGGAAAUGUUGAUUUCGAAGAACUAUUCAAGAGCCAGAGGGCCGACCGGUUCAUCGAAAAAUACAGCGAAGAAAUCGCCGCUGAACGACCCAACGAUGAUCAUUUGUCGGUCGUGAGUAGUGGUGGUAGCAACAAAGCCGAAACGUGCCAAGAAGAAAAAAAUGACUUAUUGUUUGAUAACCAAAGAUCCGACGACGACGACCAGGACGAAGCCGACAAAAUAAUGGGGAAUAUUGAUUUAAACAAACUGUACAAAAGUCAGAGAUCCGACAAUUGUAUGGAAAAGGAAAUCGCCGCCAGACGACAGAACGUUGAUCGAUCGAUCGCCAAUGGUGGACCGAGGAGUCCGGUCAUGUCUGUUGGUGGGAAAAAGGCAGUGACAUCCGGUCACCAGCCGACCGGAAAGAUGGACUUCAGUGUAUUGUACAAAAACCAAAGAUCUGACGGGUACAUUGAAGACUUCAUGGUGAGAAGCACGGGACCCCGAGUCCGGCCGUCGAAUGCAGUCGAGUCUAUUCCACAUCGAUGA